CAGUUUGUCACACAAUAACUUCAUUAAAAACAAAAUAAAUAUUAAAUCAAUGGCGGAGGAUCAAGCAACGGCAGCGAUCGAAACAUCGAAGGUGGAGGAGAAGCAGCCACAGACAACAGAGGCUGAAGCACCGGGAGUGACGAGGACAAAAAGGAUUAUGGUUGCCAUCGACGAGAGCGAUUCGAGCUUCUACGCUCUUCAGUGGGUCAUUGACCAUUUCUCUACCCUAUUAUUGACCACUGAGGGGGCUGAAGCGGAACGUGGGUUGCUCACGGUGGUUCAUGUGCAACCUACGUUCCAUCACUUUGCUCCUUUUCCGGCUGGACCCGGCGCAACAGCUGUGUACCCACCUUCGUUGAUGAUAGAGUCGGUGAAGAAAACACAACAGGAGACCUCUGCAGCGCUUCUCUUGCGUGCACUUCAAAUGUGCCGAGCCAAACAGAUCCGUUCUGAAACUCUGGUGUUUGAAGGCGAAGCAAAGGAAAUGAUUUGCCAGGCGGUGGAGCAAAUGCACGUUGAUCUUCUUGUCGUCGGUAGUCGUGGCCUUGGCAAGAUCCGAAGAGCGUUAAUUGGGAGCGUUAGCGAUUACUGUGCUCAUCACGCCAACUGCCCCAUCCUUAUUGUGAAGCCACCAAAGGAGAUUACUAGUUAAUCAAAACAAGUUCUACGUGUUUGGGUAAUCUUAUGAAGAGUAUGCGUCGUUCCUACGUGUGUGUGCGUGUGUGUGAAUAUAUUUAAACUUGGAUUGAUCAUCAAGAAUUCAAGAUGUGUGUUUGAAGAGUAAUGCCAAUAUAUGAACAGAGUCGAAUAAUGAAACGAUAUAACUUGUAGUUUUUCGCUUGUGUGCACCUAUUAUUGUAUUUUUCAUUGUGAUCAUAUUGUUAAACUCUUCAAGAUUAUAAUUACCCAUG